AAACCAGACGCUCGCUCACCUUCGACCUCCGCGCUCGAUCCCUGGCAGGCCUUCCGCUCUCUCCUUCGUCUCCGACGCCGACGUGAGCUUUUACCCUAAGCCCCUUCGAUCACUUCAGACCGAAGCCCUAGGGAAAUAUGAGCAGACGAGCCAGCCGAACCAUCUAUGUGGGAAACCUGCCAGGAGAUAUUCGAGAGAGAGAGGUUGAGGAUCUGUUUUACAAGUAUGGACCCAUUGUUGAUAUUGAUCUGAAGAAUCCUCCAAGGCCUCCGGGUUAUGCAUUCAUUGAGUUUGAAGAUGCUCGUGAUGCUGAACAUGCUAUUCGUGGUCGUGAUGGUUACAAUUUUGAUGGUCACAGAUUACGGGUGGAAUUUCCACACGGUGGAAGAGGCUAUUCUUCUUCUGUGGACCGUUACAGCAGUUAUAGUCGUGGCGGAGUCUCGAGGCGGUCCACAUACUGUGUGCUGGUUACUGGUUUACCUUCUUCUGCCUCAUGGCAAGACCUGAAGGACCACAUGCGUCGUGCUGGUGAUGUCUGUUUCUCCGAAGUGUUUCGUGAUGGUGGAGGCACUACAGGCAUUGUAGACUAUACAAACUAUGAUGAUAUGAAAUAUGCAAUCAGGAAACUUGAUGACUCUGAAUUCCGGAAUGCAUUUUCUCGGGCAUAUAUAAGGGUCAGGGAAUAUGAUCGGAGGCGAAGCCUAUCUAGGAGCCGCAGCCGUUCCUACUCCAGAAGCAGAAGCCCUAGCUGGAGUCGCAAUUAUAGCCAAAGCUGGAGCCACAGCCGAAGCAAGACUUCGAGAGGAAGGUCAGCAUAUCGCUCGUUUUCUAGAUCUCAAUCAAGAUCUGUUUCAUCUCGCUCUGAUUCGGGAUCGAGGGGGCGCUCUCUGUCAGGAUCACAAUCAAGAUCCAGAUCACCAAUUGCUUCACCCCCGCGGGACAAACGAGUGAGCAAAAGGCCAAGGAGGCAGAGCCCGAGCUGGAGCUUAUCGCGUUCUAUAUCUCCUGCUAUGUCUGAUCGUAGCUGGUCUGUUGAUUCUCGAGACCUUUAAGGAGGAAAAGUAACUGCCUGAGCUGAAUAGGACAUGAUGCUGUUUGUGUGCUAAAAAUGCAUAUUUUCUGUUUAUCUGUUUAUCGGUUGAUACUCAAAAUACUCAAGACAUUUGGUUAUUGCUGUUAGAAAUGAUCUUAAAUGUUGUAAACUAUUUGUAGAGUUGAUUGCAGGACAUGAUGCUGUUUGUGCGCCAAAAAUACAUCUUUUCUGUUUACCGGUUGAUACUCUGAAAUACUCAAAAGACAUUUGGUUAUUGCUGUU